AAAGAGUUCCCCGACUACAACCAACGCUCAGAAUUCGUUACCGUUAGAGGAUGCUGCAUAAGAAGCCGUGUUUUUGUCAUGUAUAGAGGACACUCGAUUGUUCAGUGAAUUUGCAAUUUUGAAACUGUUGUGCGCCUGGUUAGUGUUGUUAUACCUAAGUUAGAUCAGAGAGCAUCGUUUAGUUUGUCCGAAUGACGUAGCUAGCUAGCUAGGUAGUUAGCUAGAUAGAUAGGUAGUUAAAUUAGUAUAAGAGCUGACUAGUGGUGGUGUGUGAUAAUGCUUUUAGAUUGCUAGAGUUUAUGUCACGCUAGCAUGUUAUGCAUCCUCCCAGCUUGUAUUAGCCUUAAGGUCCAUUGUCUAGGGAAGUCGAAUGGCAUAUAUCUGUUUUCUGGUGCUAUUACAAGUUGAAGCAAAACGCCAGGCCUUCGCUGAGCAUUGUGCUAUGUCAAAACUAUGAAUCUGAGAAAUUCAAGAAGUGUCGGAGCGUGUUCCCUUUUGAAUGGGAUAGAAAAACAAGGUAAUGAGGUCUUGCCUGCUAAGUUAGAUAUCUAAUCGCUAGAUGAUUACACUAGAUGAUUACAAGAAACGUCUUAGGCUAAUCUACUAUACGAUAGCUACUGUUUUGUCAGGUUUUUUUGGACAUUGAGAACAAUCAGUGAUGGUGUCUACAGAACAUAUUAAGUUGUGCAGCGAUUACUGGUCACAUUAAAAGGCUUUCCCCCAAAGGAACUCUCAUCGCUGAUUAUUGCCCUCCAGUGCCUGAUGUACAGCUAAUAUUCUUUGGGUUAGCCUUUAAUGCUAUUUCAAUGUUUACUACAGGACGUCCUUGUGCAGAGUGACUUACAGAAGUGCUUUGUAGUCUCUAUCAAAUAUAUAUCCUCAUAUGAGCAUAGAUAGGUCAGGGUCAAGAAUACAACCAGGCUAAAACCCUGGCUCGAGUGGAAAAGAAGACAGUAAAAGAUUUUGUUUUUUUUUUUCUUUCCGGGUGGGGGUGGUGAGUGCAUAUUUUAGUGCUUAGUGCUGCUCUGAAGAGGUGAGUGUCUCAGGUGUAUGGACAGCCAGGGGAAGUUCAAUCCACCACCUGGUUACCAGGAUAGAGAAGGUGUAUGUCUUUGUUGUGUCAUUGAGGGAUAGUCGAACCCCAUUUUCAGCACUUGUUUUAUUUGUAUUAUAGAUAGUGUGCAUGAUUGCAUGAGAUGCCUCCACAUUAGGUUCAUAUAGAUAUGCAUAUACAGAGUGCUUCAGUCUUGAUAUAAUGUGAAUGCAACAAAAUAUGAAAAUUGUGUGGUGGCAUAUUAAUUAUAUACUGUUUGCCAGGUGUGUUUUCUGAAAGCGCUUGCAAGUGCUGUGGUUUGUAAGACAAAUGGAGUAAAUUAAUACACAAGCUCACCCCAUAGAAAGGACAGGGCUUAGUACUGGCAUUAAAACACAAUAACUCUAAUUGAGGGAAUAGGUUAAGAAUUAUGUUAAAUUGCGCAAUGCCAUGUAGGACUUCUCUUUAACUGCUGUGUUCCUAAAUUCCUAAAAUGCUGACUCGAGGAGAAAGAGAAAGAUAGCAGAGAUAACCCAGGCUCUGAAUACGACCCCUGUGGACGUGGCGGUGCUGAGGAGGAUGGCAAUUAGUGAAGGGGGGCUUCUCACAGACGAGAUCCGUUGCAAAGUCUGGCCCAGACUUCUUAACAUCCCCGUAGAGAGCAUACCUGAACAACUUGAGGAGGUGCAGAGAGAGAAUAAUAAGGACUACAAUCAAGUGCUCUUGGAUGUGCAAAGAUCCUUGAGGCGCUUUCCUCCAGGGAUGCCUGAUGAGCAGAGGGAAGGCCUGCAGGAGGAGCUGAUUGACAUCAUUCUACGCGUGCUGCACAAGAACCCCCAACUGCACUACUACCAGGGCUACCAUGACAUCGUGGUCACCUUUCUGCUGGUGCUGGGAGAGUGCUUAGCCACUGCCCUGGUGGAGAAGCUGUCCACACAUCACCUCAGGGACUUUAUGGACCCCACUAUGGACAACACGAAACACAUACUGAAUUACCUUAUGCCAAUUAUAGAGCGGGUCAACCCAGAUGUGUAUGACUUCAUGCAACAGGCAGAGGUGGGCACCAUUUUUGCCCUCAGCUGGCUCAUCACCUGGUUCGGCCAUGUGCUAGCAGAUUUCCGCCAUGUGGUGCGGUUGUACGAUUUCUUCCUGGCCUGCCACCCUCUGAUGCCAAUUUAUUUUGCUGCUGUGAUUGUGCUCUAUCGGGAGGAAGAGGUGCUGGACUGUGAGUGUGACAUGGCCAUGCUACACCACCUGCUGUCUCAGAUUCCUCAGGACCUACCCUACGAGACCCUCAUCAGCCGCGCCGGGGACCUCUUCGUCCAGUUCCCACCCUCUGAGCUGGCCAAGGAAGCCACACAACAGCACAGUCUGGAAAGCCCCGCCUCCACCUCUGAAGAUGUCCAGUCAGCCCGGCGCCGGAGGAAAGAGCAACUGCGGCCGCCACAGCAGCAGCAGCAGCGCAACCCGGUGGAGGUGCAGCGCAGCGCCCUGGCCGUCGUCCAGCCUACCGCCCGCCGCAUCAUGCGGCUAGCCGUCAUGGGCCUGACCGUGGCUUUGGGUGCAGCGGCUUUAGCCAUGGUGAACUCCGCCUUGGAAUGGGCCCCCAAACUUGACCUCCUCUUCCCCUGAGUGGAGUGGUCAGUCGAAACCCUCUCUCCAUGAGACUGUAAAAGGAGGGCUGUUUUUCCCCCUUUUUAAAUUUUUUUGUUUGUUUAUAUCUAUGGAGUCAACAGAACGGAUACAUGUCGUUCUAAGAGUGAGUUAUAACAACUGUUUUCCCCAACAGUUUAGCCUGAGAAAGGUACUGAGCCCUGGUGAGUCAGUGAUGACGACUGAUUUCAAGAGAAAAUUCAGUUUUACUUUUUCAGGGAGUGGAUGUUGGUGUCAGAUGAGUCCUGAAUGGACACGUCUUGUGUGCCCAAAUCCAUUUCAAACAAAAAAGUUACCAACUUUACCUUACAGUAAUGAGACCAAAACAUUUGCUGAAAUCCCACCUUUAUAUUGUUGGCACUUAAUAUAUUUUAUUUAUGUAUAUUGUUGUGUAUCAAUAGGAUAUAGCCCAUUAUUUUUUAUAUAUGCUCUUUAAAAUCAUUAAAGGAACAGAAUGACAAGAUUUUUUUAAAUUAGCAGCCCAAUUUAUAUGCUCUUUGUUUGACACAAGAAAACAGCGUGGAUGAUGUGCAAGGAUUUCAUGUUAUUCAAAUGGAUGCAGCCGCCAAACCUGUUGGACCUUGUGCAAUUGCGCAGUGCAGAGUGCUAUGACAUCCACUUCUUGAUUACAUUUUAUGCAGUAAACUUCAUGUUGCACAAACUGUUCCAGUGAACUUCUGUGCAUGAAGACUGUAUAUCAAACAAUUAACUGGUUCUGAUGUGUUGAAGUUGAUGUACUGACAUUAAAAAUUUAGGUGGCUUUAGUUUCUUAAUGGUAUAGUUGUAGAAUCAAUGCAAUAGACUGGUGUGUGUAAAUAUUCAGUGUUUAUUUGAAAUAUCAGUUGACAAGAUUAUUUUUGCCUAAUUACCACUUUGUAACUGAAGUGUACCAAUCAGUGCAUUUUACUAUAACUUUGCUUGGGUCUGUGUAUUUAUAAUCCAUAUUUAAUUCAUAGUUUUGCAUCCCACUGGAAUCCAUGAUGGAUCAUAAGUUAAAUUGCAUUUGGACUGAAAUUUAUUCAUGUUGACUGGUAGCACUUUGCAAGUGUAAGGAGCUGUGUUUGAUAUGCUAAUCAUUACUUUAAUCCACAAAGUAUGUUCAGCUACAAAUAAAGAAAACUGUUACUACA